CUUUGAAGCAUGUUCUCGAUCGCCUGACGUGCCAUCACUUGGUCUUGACUCUUCAAAGCUCCUGGAAAGUUUAAGUGGUUCUUCCUUGGCGUCGCCCCACCUUCAAGCUCUCAACUUUAAAUUUUAAUUUUCCGUCCUCAACAUUUACCAAAGCCGAACUGUUGAUGUCAUGUGACCACCUGUCGAGCCGAGGUCAAUUGACCUAUCACCAAUCGUGUCUUGAUGCUCUUCCCCCUCGAAAUAUUUGAUAUUGGUCGCCGCCUAAACUGCAUUUAAUUGUCUACUUGCGAGAUUAGUCCUUGAAUCCGGUUAUCUAGACGACACAUCUUAAAUUUCAAGAAUGGCGCCAGCAAGUAUUACAUUAAUUGUUGAGCCCCGGGGCAAACCGAUCAAGAAACUCCCUAAGGAAAUUCAGAUCAGCCCCAAUGCUCCCGCCCAGGACAUUUACACGGCGCUCGCGGCGGCCUCCGGCUUUUCCAUCCAUCGCCUAAGAAUUACUAAAGGAAGCGACCGCAGUGUAGUACCCAAUUCGAAAGAGACCAAAGUCGAUGAUACCGGUCUAAAGGAGAGAAGUGUUGUCCAUGUCAAGGACCUCGGCCCCCAAAUUGGAUGGCGCACCGUAUUCAUCAUUGAGUAUUUCGGCCCUCUGGUUAUCCCUGCGCUGUUCCUCUACCCUCUUCGUCCAUACCUCUAUUACAACUUCGACAAGCCUCUUCCCGAGCCAUCCUACCUUCAGCAACUGGUCUGUGCAUUAUUGUCCAUUCAUUUCCUCAAGCGUGAAUUCGAGACUAUCUUCAUCCACCGCUUCAGCAAUGCCACGAUGCCCGCACGCAAUAUCUUCAAGAAUAGCGCACACUAUUGGGUCCUGGCUGGUUUGAACAUUGCCUAUUGGGUUUUCCGUCCCGACGCAACCGCAGUCAACGAACCGAACCCUGCUCUCCUCUACGCUGGUCUCGGCCUCUUCGUUUUUAGUGAACUGGCCAACCUGAACUCGCAUUUGGUGCUACGUGACCUGCGCCGUCCGGGUACCACAGAAAGGGGUAUUCCCUCAGGAUUUGGAUUUAACCUUGUCACCUGCCCGAACUACCUGUUCGAGAUCAUGGCCUGGAUCGGUGUCUAUCUCGUUAGCGGUCUCAGCUGGAGCGUACUGUUCUUCAUUGCCGUCGGCGGUGCGCAGAUGGCCGCGUGGGCUAAGAAGAAGGAACGCCGUUACCGUAAGGAGUUUGGUGACAAGUACAAGCGCAAGAGCUUCGUUAUGCUUCCUGGUCUUUUUUAGAUUUCACGAAAAGAGCUCAAAUCAAGUACUUUUGAAAGGGCUGUGGUGAGGUACGGCUAGCCCUUACCAUGUUGCCCCCUAACCACUCCGAACCUGGUAACUCUCAGGUACAUUGUUUUAAAUAGAGCCGUCGGAACAGCAGUCCGCGGCAGGCGACAGGUGUUUCUACUAGCAUGAGGAGAAACUAAUAAAAAACUAAUUAUGACCGGUAGCACAAA